GGCAACCGGGCGCCGCUGCCAUGCAGACGGCCGCGGCCGCGCAGGGGAUCAAGUACCUCGGCCAAAAGGAAGCCCAGGCCAUUGAUCAGGAACUGUUCGAGCAAUAUAAAUUCAGCGUCGACCAGCUGAUGGAACUGGCCGGUUUGAGUUGUGCCACAGCCAUUGGCAAUGCCUACCCAGCCAGCUCCUUCACAGUCAGCCAGCCGGCUGUGUUGAUUGUGUGCGGCCCGGGAAACAACGGUGGAGAUGGUCUGGUUUGUGCCCGGCACCUAAAAAUGUUUGGUUAUGAGCCAACGGUGCACUAUCCCAAGCGCCCCAACAAACAGCUCUUUGAAGGCCUAACCACCCAGUGCGAGAAGAUGGGCAUCCCUUUUCUCUCGGAGUUCCCAUCAGAAGCCGCAGUGAUUGAUGAGGUCUACGGCCUGGUGGUGGAUGCCAUUUUUGGGUUCAGCUUCCAAGGGACUGUGCGGGAACCCUUCGGCACCAUCUUGGAUACUUUGGAGAAGGUCACUGUCCCCAUUGUGAGCAUCGAUAUCCCAUCUGGGUGGGAUGUGGAGAAAGGCAAGCCCGACGGGAUCCAGCCCGACAUGCUGAUCUCUCUCACCGCUCCGAAGAAAGCAGCAAAGCUGUUCACCGGCCGCUACCAUUUCCUCGGCGGCAGAUUUGUGCCCGCAGCCCUGCAGAAGAAGUAUUCGCUGAACCUCCCCCCGUACCCAGGAACGGAUUGUGUGCUGCAGCUGCCUUAGUGGGCCCAGGGGUGGCUGUCGGGAUUAGAGUUCCCGGCAGGGAGAAGUCUCGGUGCAGAGGAAGGAAGCCAGCUUGGGGUGUUGGGUCCGGGGAACAGACGCUGAGGGAAGAGCACUUGACAGCUUGUUAGAUGGAGUCACCUGGCAAGUUUCAAGGGGUGUUUUGGUUACUAGGUGGAUACACAGCUGUUGAAAGGAUAUGAGAAUAUCUUUGCAAAGAAUUAGCUUUUGCUGUAGAGACCCAGAAAGGUUCCUUGAAGCCAAUCGGCAUCACUCUGCUUACUUUAAGUCACUUCGGGGUAAGGAUCCUGGGCUGAAAAGAGGUUGUUACCUAGACACUGUUCUUCCUUUCCUGUGCCUCUUUCCGUGUUUAGGCUUGCUUUUCAAACCUGCACAAGGAAGAGUCUUGUUGGCUGGGUUUUGAAACAUCCUUGAUUAAGGGUCUGUUUUUGUUUCCCUUCAAUAAAAACACUAUUGCUAAUA